GCACCAGACGUAAACAUAACCUCUGUGAAGUAAAAUUCAAAAACAAACUUAUUCCGUGCUGAGUAGAGUGAGUAGGUAUCUAAGCUUACUUGCCCUAAAUUGGUUAGCGAUUUAUAAGUACUGUGAUAUAUUUACUGAAGAUCAAAUAGGAAUCAAGUUUAAGUUUACCGCGUUUUGAACAAAAUAAGUUUAACAAUAUUGUGGUGUUAAAUUAGCUAUAAGGACAUCAGUGAAGCAAGAUUAAGUCAAGAUGUUUAACCAACUUGCGGGAGCCCAGGGCAACCCUAACAAGGACCUGGAGGUGACUUCGCCGCCGGACGACACAGUGUCGGCACUGGAGUUCUCGCCGCCUUCCCUACCACAGACGUUUCUCGUCUCCGGCAGCUGGGACUGUCGGGUGAGAUGCUGGGAAGUGGAGGCCUCGGGCAAAACGGUGCCCAAGGCUGUGCAGACUAUGGAUGGGCCUAUCCUAGAUGUUGCAUGGCAUGAUGAUGGCACGAAAAUUUUCAUGGCUUCAACAGACAAGAGUGUAAAAUGCUGGGAUCUGGCAUCAAAUCAGUCAAUACAAGUAGCAGCACAUGAGGCCCCAGUGAAAACGUGUCAUUGGAUCAAAGCACCCAACUAUACCUGCCUCAUGACAGCCUCAUGGGACAAGACUCUUAAGUUUUGGGACACCCGCAGCGCCGUACCUAUUAUGAAUAUGAACUUGUCGGAGCGCUGCUAUUGUGCAGAUGUGGACUACCCACUAGCUGUCGUGGGCACGGCGGACCGCGGCAUCUGCUUGUACACACUAGAAGGCAAGCCAGCUGAGUUCAAGCGAGUCGAGUCGCCGCUCAAGCACCAGCUGCGCUGCAUCGCCAUCUUUCGUGACAAGAAAUCCAAGCAGCCAACAGGAUUCGCACUGGGCAGUGUUGAGGGCCGAGUGGCUAUACAGUACGUCAACCCCGCCAAUCCCAAGGACAAUUUCACCUUCAAGUGUCACCGGCCUCCUGCUACAACCGGUGGUUAUCAGGAUAUCUACGCGGUGAACGACAUCGCGUUCCACCCGGCGCACGGUACGCUGGCCACGGUGGGCUCGGACGGCUCCUUCUCGUUCUGGGACAAGGACGCGCGCACGCGGCUUAAGUCCUCCGAGAUGCUGGACCAGCCGCUCACCAAAUGCGCCUUCAACCACAACGGACAGAUAUUCGCUUACGCUGUCGGCUACGACUGGUCUAAGGGCCACGAGCACUUUAACCCGGCCAAGAAGAACUUUAUCUACCUACGCGCGUGCUACGACGACCUGAAGCCGCGUACCACGUGAGCGCAAAACCGAAAA